UAAUGGAAACCGAUACCAAGACUGCGAAUUAGAUUGCGACUUGAACAAUGUCUUUUUCCAUUUAGUAUCUUCUAAAACAUCUUUGCAACGAUUUUUCCCUCGUGCACUGGUGCAGUUACUCGCGCGCAGGUGUUCGUACUCGACGGGUCCGUCUGUGAAUGGGUCUGUCAUACUUUGGAAAAUCGUUUUCAGUCGCUCCGCAGAUAGCACCGUUCUCGAUCAGUGACGAGCCCGCGAAUUGGGGCGAGGCGGUCUCGUCGGUCUGCACGGUCGGGAAGGGUGACUUGCCGAUCGAAGUGUCGUGGGCGCUGAACGGCGUGCCUAUCACCAAGGAAAAUUACGGAGAUAUAUCGAUAGCAAGCAGCAGCAAGCGAGUUAGUCUACUGACAAUCGAGGCCGCCAGCCCGAGACACGCCGGGGAGUACACUUGCACAGCCUCGAAUGCUGCCGGAGCGACGAGUUACUCCGCCACCCUGGCUGUGAACGGUACUGGCAUUGCAUGAAGCGAAGUGCCUCGCUACGAGUGACAGAUACAGCUUGGGAUUCUGCCUGCGAGCAUAACGUACCUAGACGAAACUCUUCUCCCAUCCUCGCGUAACACAGCGAUAACACGGCACCCCUCUGAAACCGUCCCGUCGCGUGAGGUAUAAUUGGCAAUUGACAAAUCGUACGAACACGAAGAUUUAGUAAAAGACACGUACCUAAGAUUAUUAAAGGAGAAGAAGCUAUACGAAGCCUAUAUGUGUGAUUCUACGAGUUUGAUCGAUUAACAAAAGGAUUUAUGUAUAUAUAUUUUGUAGAUGCAGUUGUAUUGAUUUUAUUUUCUGCGA